AUGGAUAUAACACUGGCCACUAACACAAUCAAGUCUACAAAAUCACUCAGUUCUAUUGCAAAUCACCAUCUCAUCGUUUUUCGCCUAUCAAGCUUCUACGAUAUUCCACCAUGUGUUUGCAUGAACAAUUCUCCUUCCCUCACUGCCACUAAAGAGGAGAUGGAGGCAUGGGCGCCAGACCCUGUGAAGCGGAACAAGUUCAUCUUCCAAUUCCAUCUUAAUAUGAUGGAAGCUGCCCGUGAGCCUGAGAGAAAGGCACAGCAAGCGCAUUUUAUCAAGGUCAAGAAUGAUACUGCAUGGGUCUACAAAGAACUUCGAGAGAAGUGGAAGAAGGAGAUGGCAGCCGCAGAAAAGGCCGCCGAAGAGGGCGACAUCAGAACGCCUACGCAGGAAGACUUCAUGAACGUUGAUCGCGGCGGAUCCUCUUCGCAAGGCGGAAACGCGUCUGGCAAGGGAAGGUUCGAUCUCUCGUGUAUCCAAGAUACACGGCUACCUCACUACAUGUUUUCUCUCAUGCUGUUAUGUUUAUCCGAGAUCAGCAAGAACAUCGAAGACGGUGAGGCUACCGUUCAUAUACUUCGUCAAAAUAACUUUGAAUUAGCAGCCGACAAGGCAAUAACCGGAGCCGAGGCACGGCGGGUAGACCUACCGAUGCACGGAGCUGGCGCCGGUGCCCGAGAUUUUGCCGCACUGACCAAUGACACGAUGCGGCUGUGUCUCAGUGUUUUGACGGAUCUUUGCAGACUGCACAUCAGAAUGUCGGUCCAAGAAUAUGCAGUCAAUGAGUACACCGCCAAUGCGCAACCUCACUUCAACUUGUUGAGGAUAUUGGGCGGAUGGGGCAAUGUCAAUGGCCCCGGUCUUCUCAUGCUCCGGAGCAUGCUAGCAGGCACAUCGACAGCCGCCGUCCUCGGACUCUCAGCCGCUAUCGUGGGAAGUAGCAUCUGGGGCACCGCCGCCCUACCCUUUAUCGUCGGUUCUUCAUUAGGAUUCGUUCUUGGGAGUACCAGAUGGUACAUUGUCGCCGUGAAAGAAUCCCUGCUGCAGCUGGACAACUACCCCGCCAUCUUGCGCCUCCACCUGAUCGCCAACUUCCCCUGGAAACCGGAGCUCGGACGCCACAACCUUGAUUGGUACAAUGCUAGACGAUUCAGCUCGACCUGGCAAAUGAAGAGCAUGCUUGUGGCUAGUUGGCUGACUGCCCAGCCGGCGCUGGACGAGAUUCGGAGUCGCACGGAGGCUGCAUUGGUGGACAACUAUCUUAGACAAGGGGGUUUCGAGGGAGACGAUCAGGCCGGCACGCCGCGGGAAAGUCGAUAA